AUGAAGCAGUUACGGGAGCGGGCUGAGUUUGAAAUACCCGUCGAAGUCAUCGGAAAACGACCACGAACGCCGGCACUGUCUGAGCUGGAGGAUGAGGACGACGAGGAGAUGUUGUUGGCUGAGUUUUUCGUGGAAGAAGAGACACUUAUGCAGGUGAUGAAGGUGUUGGAGGAGGAGAUAAACUGCUCUGCUAAUGCUAAUAAUGGUGUUUCAGCGAUGUACUCUCCGCCAUUUUCGUCGUUUGUGACGAUCAACGGCAACGAAGAGAGUUGUGGACCUUCCUUCUCUGACUCGUCUUCAACUGUGAUGGCGAGUUUCGACAUAAGUGGUAUUAACAUUUCAUACUUCAUGGGUCCCGGUAAGGGGUUCCCUUUCUCUAAAGGGACCCUAGAUUUACCGGCGGUAGCGGCGGAAAAGGAGCCGUUGCAGCCGGAAAUCGAGGAGGUCUCUGUUUCUACCGUUUCAGACGAAGGAAUGAACAAUGGCUGUGAGUUUGAAGUUGGGGAAAUUGACGACGAGUGGUUGGCUCGUGUCCUGAGUGGUGCUCCUUUUGUGGAAUACAAUGAGACCGAUCUUUGA